AUGGCCGUAGUGAGAGUGAGCUGCCGUUCCUCCUCCGGCCUCAACGUCGUCUCCUGCAGCAGCCUCUGCUGCUGUUUAUGGAUGCUACUGUCCAUCCAUGUCCCGGGGGCUGGCUCGCUGUCCUUCAACCUCAGCUUCUCCCAUCCACAAAGCCCUGCUAACCUCCGUGAAUUGCUAAACUGCACCAGCGAUGCGACCAUCGAGGAUACGGAAGGGCUUCACCUGACAAAAGACAUCAUGUGGAGCGUCGGCCGGGCUCAAUACGUGGAAGCAAUGCGGCUAUGGGACAGAUCUAGUGGCGAGAUGGCCAGCUUCACCACCACCUUCCACUUCGACAUAAAGCCGGUUGGCAGUGGUUUGAGUGGUGACGGGCUGGCCUUCUUCCUCGUCCCUCCCGAGUCUGGUAUGCCUGCCGGCGACAGCAGAGGGGGCGCCUUGGGCAUCCUCCCUAGGGAAUCCAAGUACAACAAUAUCACCAAGUUGCUAGUUGCUGAUCUCAACAUCAACAACACAUGGUACAAUGUCAACAAAACUAUCGAUCUGCGCAAAUACCUGCCAGAGUAUGUCACCGUGGGCUUCUCAGCGGCGACUGGCAGCUACGCCGAGCUGCACCAGAUACUAUCAUGGUCAUUCACAUCCACCCUGCAGGAACCACCAGUGCCGGCACCAGCGCUGCUGCCUCUGACACCUGACAGCAUCCAGAAUCCCAAGAAGAGAUCAGUAGGAAUCCUGAUAAUCGCGGUGCUAGUGCCUCUGCUAUUUCUCUUGGCAUGUGCAGCCGUUCUGGCCUUUCUAUGGAUGUGGGGUCUGUAUGGCCGGAACACGAUCCUCGACGCGGCGGACGAACGGCUGAGGGCCGCCGGCGACGAGGCCAACGAUAGGUGCAUGGAGAGGGUGCUCGUCGUCGGGCUGUGGUGCGCGCACCCUGACCAGAACGAACGGCCGUCCAUCGCACAGGCCAUGCACGUCCUGCAGUCAGAGGACGCCAGGCUUCCGGAGCUCACGCCUCAGAUGUACAGGACGGUGUCGGAGUUUGCCGUCACUGGACGUGCUAUCGGCGCCUUGUCCGUUCAGAGCUCCUCUUCCGCGACCACGGCGACAGCCGGUGGCCACUCCAAGGUCUCUUCCGAGUCAGCAACCUCUGCCUUGCUUCGAGAUUCAAAAGAGUUGGGUUGA